UUUAAAUGACAUUCGUUAUUUCCGGUUUGGUCUUGUUUGUUUAUAAAUUUUUUAAAGUAUUAUUUACGUUCUCCGCAAAAUUUUGUAAAAAAUCAUUAAAAUUGAAAGAAAAGAAGAAUAAAGAUAUUCACUGUAAUGAAGCGGGAGAGUGAAACAGACAAUCCUGAUGAACCAGAAGAGAAAAAAGCUAAGGUGUCUAAUGUGUCACCUAGUCAAACAUGUGCCUUAAAUGUUGAUAGAGUACACAUGUCUGAAAAUGUUAUAGAAACUACACCUGAAUGUAGUAUAGAAGUAUCUCAAGAAGUUAGCGAAACUCAAAUGACUCAGGAGAGUUCAAGUGUGACAUUAGAUUCGAUAUAUAAUAUGUAUGUAGAGGCUCAUGUAGAGUUUAUGGAUAUAGUAGAACCCUUGAAUCAUCUCAGAUCUCUUCUUGAGCAGAAAACACGAAAAGACCUUUCAGAUUUCAAGUUUGUUUUGCAAGAUGCGCAGGAGUUGGAUGCUACAAAAAAUUUGGUUAACCAAUGUGUACAAGGGGAAGGUUUGGUUCAAAUUAAUGUGGAAAUAUUUGAGAAAGAUGAUGUAAAGAAAUUAAACAUUGUUGAUGUGUUGAAACCAGCUGAAGAAAUACCAAUAUCUGCAUCUGUAUCUGGCGAAGGUUCGCCUCGUAUAUUUCUCCUUGGGGACAGCACUUACAUUGAAUCAUCUUCUCAGUCUAAGACUCGAGAGUCACCAACUGAUUCACAAGUGACUCGAUGGAUAAUGUCACCAGUUUUUCGAAAAUUACAAGAAAGGUGCCAAAUUUCUAAUGAUCCUUCAGCUUGGACUGAAGAUCAUGUUAAAUUAUGGUUUGACUGGGCAACGUCACAUUUUAAAGUUUCAAAGCAUGGGAUGCGUGCCUGGAGUUUAACAGGCAAAGAACUUAUGACAUUCCCCAUGGAAGACUUCAAAGCAAGAUUAAAUAUUGAUGCUAAUGAUAUGUUUUGGACUCAUUUAGAAUUAUUGAGAAAGUUUAAAAUUGUUGCUGUAAUUCAAAACAGUGAAGAUAGAAGCAGGAUUCGAAGAGUUCCAAGAAUCGGUCCUCCUAAAAUUUCUUCUUACGAAGGCAGUCCUGGAAAUCCUACUGGAAGCAAUGGUCAAAUACAACUCUGGCAGUUUCUACUUGAACUCUUGACUGAUAAAGAUUACAGAGACUAUAUUCAGUGGGUAGACAAUGAUGGAGAAUUUAAAUUGAUUAAUCCUGAAGUAGUGGCUCAACUUUGGGGUCAGAGGAAAAACAAACCCACUAUGAACUAUGAAAAACUAAGUAGAGCACUACGGUAUUAUUAUGAUGGAGAAAUGCUUGCUAAGAUNAGUUGUAUUAUUUUUUAUGCUUUGUUAAAGUUUUGUUUUGUAAGUUAUUAUCUUGAUGCAUUGUCUCUCUUAACUCCAUUAAAAAAAAAUUUUUUUUACAUAGCUGUAAUUCAAAACAGUGAAGAUAGAAGCAGGAUUCGAAGAGUUCCAAGAAUCGGUCCUCCUAAAAUUUCUUCUUACGAAGGCAGUCCUGGAAAUCCUACUGGAAGCAAUGGUCAAAUACAACUGUGGCAGUUUCUACUUGAACUCUUGACUGAUAAAGAUUACAGAGACUACAUUCAGUGGGUAGACAAUGAUGGAGAAUUUAAAUUGAUUAAUCCCGAAGUAGUUGCUCAGCUUUGGGGUCAGAGGAAAAACAAACCCACUAUGAACUACGAAAAACUAAGUAGAGCACUACGGUAUUAUUAUGACGGAGAAAUGCUUGCUAAGGUUCAUGGAAAGAGGUUUGUGUACAAAUUUGUAUGUGAUCUAAAAAGUCUUCUGGGUUAUGAUGCUUAUGAAUUAAAUAGAUUAGUAAAACAAUGUGAAGAAAAAUGUCAAACUCCAUCGCAUACUGUCCUAACUUAUCAAACUGUUGAGACAGAUCAUGUUUCCUAAAUCAAACUUUCACUUUUUUUAAUUUAUUUAUCAAGUUUUUCAAAUGAAGGUUUAUUUUGCAAGAAAAUUGAAUUGGCCUUUGUAAAAACUUCUAGUUUUAUGAACUUGACUUGGUUUUUUAUUAUUACAGUAACAACCAAUUUCUUAUUCAAACUAUGUAUAAUCAAAUUAGAACAGAGAUUAGCGUUUAUAUUUAAUUGUGUAAAAAGUAAUAACUAGAGUUGAUGGAAGUAUUGGAAAUAUCACUGAUUAUGAACAAAUAUUUAAGUUUGUUUCUUUUUAUUUUUAAAAAAUGAAUUUGAAUUGCAUUUUUAAAACAGUUACUAAAAAAUCCUUCCCAAAGUGGGGCAAAAAGUGCCAGAAAUUAAGGGACUUUAGAAAUUGGAUUGGAUUAAGGGUUCUGUUUUUUAGUAAGUCUUUUAUUAUUUUUACUAAGAAUAAAUGCCCAUAUUUGAACGUCUUAAAUCUUAAAGCUUUAAUACAAUGAAAAACUUUAAAAAAUGGCCUUAAGUAGUUUAAACAAAAAAAUGUGACUUUAAAAGGUAGUUGAUCUCUUUUAUAAGAUUUUCUAUUAUUUUUGGUUUUGAAUAACUAUAAAAUGUAUUUUAUUUUUUAAACCUUGAAUUCCUUAUAAGCUUUCAUUACUUAAAUUGAAUAUUCUUUCUUGUCAAGUCUAUCACUUUUUAUCAUUGCAAAUUUUGUCAAAUCUCUUUCAGUUGUAUACAUUUUGUUGCAUUUGUAAAAAUUCAGCAUAAUCAUAUGUCACCAGAUUUUAUUAUAGUAAAUUUAGUAUUUUAUAAGAGGAGUUCGCUAAUAUUCAUGUGAUAAGACCUUAAUCAGCCUAGACUUAUCUGUACAUAUUCUUCAUACACUGAUCUUUAUUUUCACCCUCAAUAGUUAAAACUUAUGUUUAAAAAAAUAAAAAAGCUCAGAGAAAUUAGGAUGUUUUUUUUGUGUAUUUUUUUUAUUCAUUCAUUUAUUAUGUUUUUUUCUUCUUUUUGUUACAUAAGGAAGUUGUUUUAAUUGUAUUCAUUUUGUAGCAUAUAGUAUACAGAAUGCAUGUUUUAUUCUACUUUUCUAUAUAUUUUUACAAUUAUACAUUUAAUAAUACAAAGCCUUCAAGUUAUUUGUAGAUAUCGAAAAUAAUCAGAUUUCUGCUACCGCUAAUCCCUUUUAACUUAUGUAUAUACCGACUGAUUCUAAGCCAAUUCUUUCUGUAGCUCUAUCUUCUAUUUAACAAAUCAGAGUUUUUAAUUACAAUAUGAGAAAAAAACUUAUUUCUGCUCUUUGUUAAAUUAUUUUUUUAAACCAUAAAACAGUUUGGUUACAUAUUGAGUUUUUCAACUCUCAACUUUUUUCUUGUUGCAUUGUAUUAUGUUGGGUAAUUUGACUCAAAUCCUAGACACAGUCCUAAAUCAAUCAGAAACUCAAUUUGUUUCCCCUCAACAUUAAUAUUCUGUUAUCAACUGUCAAUUUUGAAAUGCAUAUGUAUAUUUUCAUUCAAGCAAAUGUAAAAUCUAUGUAUCACAUUCAAAUAAAUGUAUUAUAUUCGAACAAAUGCGUUGUAUUAAAAUAAAUGUAUUGUAUUAAAAUAAAUGUAUUGUAUUGAAACAAUUGUAAAAUAUUUAUAGUAAAAAAAUCAACGUCCAAGCAUGGGUGAUAACCUAUUUUUAAUAAAGCAAAUUUAAUUAUCUUGGAGAAAUUAAAAAUUUUACAUUGCAGAAGGAAUUUAACUUUUGUUAUAAAUUAUCUUUACCCACGUUUAAAAUAAUAAUUUUUUCCACUGUGUCCCUUACCUUACCCAUAAUAUAUGUUUAUUUAAAUUCUGUUUUCUCACAAGUGGACAAUUAUAUUUCAAAAUAUUACAUGAACUGUGAUAUAGUUUUGUCACAGAAGAGGCAUUUUAUUAUUUGUUUCAAAUAGAUACUAGACAUUGUUAAUAUUUUAUCAAGUUAAAUUUAUUAAAUGCAUAUUUAAAAUGUUUUACAGUGUUUUAUUUCCCUUCCAUUAAUCAGUACUUUUAUUUUACUUUAAACUUGUAUAAGUGCUUCUUUAAAACCAGAAAUUAUCAUUUAUCUAGUAUAGAAUUGUGUAUGUGUAAAUUUUUAUAAAUUUACUGUGCAUGAUGCCUUACAAUUGAACUCUUUAAUAGUUUUAUAGGUUUUUGUCUUGUUUUAUAUCAUUAGUUACUUAUUUAUAGAUCAUUUAUUUUUAUCAUGUAUAUUUAGAUUUCUUUUAGUUAAAAAAAUAUGCAAAUAUUUUCAUUAUUUACUCUGAUAUUUAUAUUUUCCCUUCAUAACUUUCACUGUUAACCUACAAAUAUUUCAACUGUACAGAUCUUAAGAUGUUGAUAUCGACUUUUGAAAUGUAUGAAAUAAAUAUUUUCAAACAAAUCUAAA